CGCCGUCGCCGGAGCGGACGACGAGAGGAAAGCGCAGGCCCUCGUGCGGGAUGACGCGCCCAAGCUGCUCGCCGCUCUCAAGGAAAUGAAGGACGGGCUCGACCUCGUCAGGUCCAAGGUCGAGUCGCUCACCCGCAAGGUUAGGAAAAACCAGCUGCUGACAGGCGAUGGCAUUGGGUACCUGGAGGCCAAGCACCACCUGCUGCUGAGCUACUGCCAGGACCUCGUCUACUACCUGCUACGCAAGGCCAAGGGACUGUCCGUCGAUGGCCACCCCGUCGUGCGCAGCCUUGUCGAGAUCAGGCUGUUUCUUGAGAAGAUUCGCCCAAUAGACAAGAAGAUGGAGUACCAGAUCCAGAAGCUCACCAAUGCUGCAGAUGGUGCGGCUGCCCAGGAUAAGGUGCCAGACGCUGAGGUCAAUGUCAAGGGCAGGCAACAAGGCGAGGAUGACCUGUUGGGGUACCGGCCAAACCCGGAUAUGAUGGAUCCCAAAAUUGUUUCUGAAGGACAGGGCAAAGAUGGUAUCUACGUUCCUCCGAGAAUUGGGCCAGCUGCCAUGGAUGAUAGUCAUAGUAAAGACGCUGUAAGGAAAGAGAAAAGAUUAUUGCGUAUGGCAACAGAGAAUCCUUACUUCAAGGAGAUGAUUGAUGAUGCUGCUGAUAGACCUGAAGAGUGGAAGGAAACAGCGGGUGACGAAAGCAAAGAAUUUAUGGCCUACAUGCGGCAGAGAGAGAAGCAAGAGAAGGCGGAAGAGGAGCUGUUCACCCGAGCUCCCGUAACCAAACGUGAAAAGUACAUGGAGAAGCAGAUGAAAAAGCAGCUUCAUGGAUUGCAAGGCCUGACCGACGGAUUCGACCUCGGGAUGAACACGCUGCUCGAUGGCGAGAAGGAAGACGACGGUGGUUCCAGUGAGCCGCGUAGACAGAGCGCGGGGCGGAGAAAACACCAGAAAGGUGGCAAGAGGAAGCGGCAUUAGUUCAGACCUGACAAUGAUGGUCCUCUGAAAUUUUGCCGUGUUCUCAAGCCAAACAAGAGAUUUGGUACCACUAGAAACUGAACCAAUUGUGAACAGAGAUGAAUUUUGCCUAGAAGCAGCAGUUUUGUCCUUGAGACGAUUGCCGCUUCUUUAUCCUCAGCUGUUUGCCUGUGUUCUCCGGUUCCGACAACUUUGAAUCCGUUGUGUAUGAAUAGAUGUUCUGUUGAGUAUGAGAGCAUGAUCAGAGAA